UUCUAGAAACAAUGUGAGAAAAUGUUAGUAUACGGAACGAGUUGAGCUGUCUAGCGAGAGACCCCUGGCGUUUCCGUCUAAAGUUGGCAAGCAAAGCCCAGUGAACCAAGAAGCGAGGUGAGGGAAGCAAGGCCCGGGGGGAAGGCUCCUGAAGGAACGGCCGAGUGACUUUGGGGACCGGCUCAGCGGCGGGGACCGGGCUGCGGGCGUGCUUCCCCGGGGAGCGGAGCGCAGAGAGCGGCCGCAGGCUCUUCCCCAGGCAGCAUUUAUCAGAGAGACAAUAGGCAGCAGGAAAUUAUGAACAGGAGCUGGACAAAGGACCAGGCCAGUGCUUAGCCUGUGACAUGGGGAGAUACUGGUGAAUUCAGCCUCUUGAAGAGAAGUGCACAGCCCAGGAGCGCCGACGUGAAUGCCCAAGUCCCAACCGUAUCCAGCAUGCUCCAAGGCCACAGCCCCGUGUCCCAGGCCUUGCUGGGGACCUUCUUCACCUGGGGGAUGACCGCAGCUGGGGCGGCCCUCGUGUUCAUAUUCUCUAGCGGACAGAGGCAGAUCUUAGAUGGAAGCCUUGGCUUUGCUGCAGGGGUCAUGUUGGCGGCUUCCUACUGGUCCCUCCUGGCCCCAGCGGUGGAGAUGGCCACGUCCUCUGGCGGCUUCGGCGCUUUGGCCUUCUUCCCCGUGGCUGUCGGCUUCACCCUCGGCGCUGCUUUUGUCUACUUGGCAGACCUCCUGAUGCCUCACCUGGGUGCAGCCGAGGACCCCCAGACGGCCCUGGCACUGAACUUCGACCCUGCGUUGAUGAAGAAGAAAUCUGAUGCCGAGGGUCCCAGGCCGCUCUUCCCCGAGAGUGAACUUUCCAUCCGGAUAGGUAGAGCUGGGCUUCUUUCAGACAAGAGUGAGAAUGGCGAGGCGUAUCAGAGGAAGAAGGCGGUGGCCACCGACCUCCCCGAGGGCCCCGCAGCCCCCAUGUCCUCUCGAGGGAACCCCGCGCAGCCCAGCAGCAGCAGCUGGAGGAGAAUCGCGCUGCUCAUCUUGGCCAUCACCGUCCACAACGUCCCAGAGGGUCUUGCUGUUGGAGUUGGAUUUGGGGCUGUAGAAAAGACGGCGUCUGCCACCUUCGAGAGCGCCAGGAAUCUAGCCAUUGGAAUUGGGAUCCAGAAUUUCCCCGAGGGCCUCGCUGUCAGCCUCCCCUUGCGAGGGGCUGGCUUCUCCACCUGGAGAGCCUUCUGGUACGGGCAGCUGAGCGGCAUGGUGGAGCCUCUGGCCGGGGUCUUCGGAGCCUUUGCCGUGGUGCUGGCGGAGCCCCUCCUGCCCUACGCACUGGCCUUUGCUGCUGGCGCCAUGGUCUAUGUGGUCAUGGACGACAUCAUCCCUGAAGCUCAGAUCAGCGGCAAUGGGAAGCUGGCGUCCUGGGCCUCCGUCCUGGGAUUUGUGGUGAUGAUGUCGCUGGACGUUGGUCUGGGCUAGUGCUGAGAUGCGCCGGACCCCAGGAAAGGCAGCUCGAGGAAACGGCCCCGGUUGGCUUCUGCAGGACCACAAGCCUCUUUCUUCACGUUAAGACGUUUUUCCUUUCUCUCCUUUUCAUCUCAUUAUCCUGAUUGACUCUGAUUAGAAUGUGACCAAUUUUUAGUUUUCUUUUGAGGGAGAUACUGGUUUUAUUUGCAAUUUCAAGUUGUCACGGAACUAUAGAUUUUUGCUUGGCCACUAAAUGGAAUCUUUCUUCGAUGGAAUUAUCAAAGACAGAGAUCAGGGAAAUCUCUGCUUUCGUAUCUUCAAUCUCCCUCGCUGGACUCAGUGGCAGCUCCUGAAGGUCACCUACAGAAGCGAGCUGCCAAGAGAGAAGCCUCUAAGCAUCUUUGCCUAGUGACUUAGAGCAGAAUGGCCAG